UGGCAUCUGUGCUCCUCAGGCAGUGGGUGGGUUUCCCUGUCGAGGAGGCCAGGGAGAGCUGGGGAAGCUGUUGCUGCAGUGCCAGGAUGAGAUGGCAGGAGCAGGAGCCUGGGAAUCCCUAGCGUACUUGUGAGCAGGGACCUGGGGCUGGCCUCUGCCUCGACUUCCCCUCACAGGUAGGGACUUAGGUUCCAGCUACCUGCGACUCCAGAGAACAUACACUAAUGGUUGGAAGCCAGGAAGAGCUGUACGUGAUGAGCAAACUGGCUCGGUAGCUGCGUGACCUUGAGCUUCCCUGAGUAUCCUCAGCAGCCUCUUGCCUCCCUGGGGGAUGACCUUAGUGAUCAGACAGAGGAGAAGCAAGAAGCAAGAAGCAGAAGCAAGGGAAACCGGCUAGGGAGUGGGCUGGCAGCCACGCGGGUGGAGGAGGCCGUGGUAGCCAGUGGAGCCUCUCAGUCGACCCCCAUCCUCCUCACUGCAGCCGUCAGGGGCUUCAGCCCUACAGUGGGGAGCUCCAGGAGGGAGUUGCUUCCUGCAGCCCAGAUGGGGCACAGUCCACUCCACAGAGGGCAGGGAUGGUGCCCCAAGACCCCAGGCCAGGCCAGGCCAGGGAGGGCUGGUGCAGAGCGGGAACACAUGCCUUGGUCCAUCUGAGGCUUGCAGUUGCUCUCACUCCCCAGGCCUCCUUUGUCAUUUCCAAUUCCAGGGAGCUGUGAGCCACAACUCUGUCUCAAGUGUCAGAACCCUGUGGCAUAAGGGGGGAGGGUGCAUCUACAAUUCCCAGAAGUCCCUGUUCUUUCCUGGGCAGCACCUAGGGAGCUCUGUGGCAUACUGCUGUGGGCACCCGGAACCAAAGGCUGCCACCCUGAGGUCCCCAGCUGGAAAGGGCCAGCUGCUGGGCCAGGACUCCUUGUCCUGCUGUCCUCUCCAGCUGCCCUCCUUGGUUCCUCUCUGGAGAAGCCCUCUAAGAAGCAGGGCUUCUAAUAAGAGAGCUGUCCCUGAGUCCGCUCCAUCCCCGCUCAAACCUGGGCCAGCCUAAGCUGGCUUGCUCUGCUCAGAAUGCAGGCCCAGGCUUGUCCCUGACACAGGGGAAGAGACAGACACUCAGCUCAGGGAGGAGGAGCAGGAGACACCAGAGGGGACACACAGUGAGCUGGACGAGAACUGCUGGGAGGGCAGGGGAGGGAGGCCCACUGAGCACGUCCCAGCCAUGCCCCAGGCUGGCCAUUCCAGAUGCCACCCCACAUGGCGACCCAGUUUCCCUGUGCUACCUUUCCGGUGCCGCUGGCAAAGGGGACUUUCCCAUACACCUCACCCCAGCUGGGAGGACAGUGAUCCAGCCCAGUGCAACACGGGAGCCGGGCCAGCCUGUGGGAUCUCCGAGAAAGAGCCCAGCUCCUUGCUGCUGCUGGACUAGGGACCGCAGGACAGAGAAGAGUCUCUCCCUCCCACUGGCCACAGCAGCAAAGUGCACGUCUGUUCCCCAGUGUGGCCCUUCCUUCCCAGCAGCCUCUUGUCUCCCUCUUGUUCCAUGUGGUCCACGGAUGCCCACUCAUGUGCCUCUGCAGACGGAUGUGUGCACCCUCGAGGGGCCGUGUGUAAUCCCACACAGUCGGCCUGCCCCGUCCUGUACCUCCCUGGCCCCUGGACUUGGGCCUUCCUUCAGCCCGGUGACCUUCCCCAGGGUGUGGGAGAGAGAGUGGGUGACUUGUCCUCUCCUGCCUGGUGAUUAUCUUCCUCCAGCAUGGGAGAGGCCCGAGGCCUGGCUUCAGGCCGUGGGAGAGCAGGAGAGGGGCCGGAAGAACAGCCUGGGACAGCCGCGGAGAUGGAGCAGGCUGGUUCACAGUGGAGCCAGGCCGGACCUGCCUCCUCCUCUGCCUCCUGGCUGGCUCUGUCCAGAAGGAACCAGUAAGAUUCUGAAUUAAGAUGCUCCCACUCUGCCUCUCCCCUUUGUGGCUGCUGCUGGAGACGCCACUAGAAAGGAGAGUGUGAGGUGUUCCCAGGACCCAGAGUGGAGGUUUCCUCUGCCCCUCCCCUGUCUCCCACCUGCUGAUGUGGUGUGGGAGCACCUGAGAGAGCAGCACCAGCCAGCUGCUGGAGUGGAGUGGAGGUGGGAGAGGAGCAGAGGAGCUGGGCUCAGCGAGCCGCAGUCUGGGAGCUGCAGUCCCUUCCACCUUCUGGGCCCUUGCCCAGUCUCCGCCUCUCUCCUCUCACCAAGCUGUGCCCAGCCUGGGCGGGGCCGGGUCAGGGGCUGGGGUUCAGAAGCAACCUCUGGCUCUUUGCUGCCUGUGUCUGCUUGAGAAGCUGCACUUCCCACCCUUGCCCAUCUGCCCGCCCGCCAGCCAGCUGGGCAAGGGGCGGGUUGGGGGGACUGCCUCCUCCUCCCUCUGCCUCCCAAGUUUUCCUCUGCACACAUCAUCGGGAUGAGGCCCCCAAUCCUGUUCGCUGCUGUCCUCUGGCUCCAGGGUUUUUUGACUGAGGAAGAUGCAUGCCCCUCCCUGGAAGGGCGCCCGGACCAGGAGGGUGGAGGCCCACCCCUGAACAUCAGCAGCCAGGGAAGGUCUCCCAGCCUCCUUCUGAGUUGGGCAGCAGCACAGUCAGGUGGGCUUGGCCAUGCCCUCCACCUCAUACGUCUGAGCCCGCUUGGCUCCCCUGUUGGGCAGCAGCUCCAGGCCCUCACCAAUGAUUCCACCUUCGAGUUCCAGGACCUGGUGCUAGGGAGUCACUACCAGCUGCAAGUGACUGCCCUGCGACCCUGUGGGCAGAAUGUCACCGUUACCCUCAUGGCCCGCACUGCCCCAUCCAUUGUCCACGGACUGCAGCUCCGCAGCUCUGGGAGCCCAGCCAGCCUGGAGGCCUCAUGGGGUGAUGCCCCUGGGGAGAAGGACAGCUACCAACUGCUCCUCUACCACCAAGAAUCCCAAACACUGGCACAUAACAUCUCUGUGUCCCCAGACAUCCUGUCCUAUAAUUUUGGCAACCUCUUUCCAGGUACCAAGUAUGUUUUAGAGUUGACUACCUGGGCUGGUGAUCUCCAGGAGAAGACCAGCAUCCACCAGUGGACAGACCCUGUGCCUCCAGAUCACCUGGUGCUGCAUGCCCUGGGCACGAGCCUGCAAGCUUCCUGGGACAGCUCCGAGGGGGCCACCUGGUUCCAUCUGGUCCUCACAGACCUCCUAGGUGGCUCUAACCUGGCUGCAGUCAUCAAACGAGGAGUCUCAAAUCAUACCUUCCUCCACCUGUCUCCAGGGACCCGCUAUGAGCUGACACUUUAUGCUGCUCCCGGGCCCCAACGGGUCACAGGGCCCAAUGCCACCAAGUGGACCUAUCCCUUUGCCCCGCUGGACCUGGUGCUGACUCCCGUGCCCCCCGGACUCUGGGCAAGCUGGCAGGCAGGGCCAGGAGCCCGAGAGGCCUAUGUGCUGAAGUUAAGAGGGCCAGUAGAGAAGAGUGCCACUCUGGGCCCUGAGGCCUGCAGUGCCACCUUCCCAGGACCCCUGGCCCCCGGACACUAUGGUCUAGAGCUGGAGGUUCUGGCUGGGCCCUAUGAUGCCUGUGCCCAGGCCAGUGCCUGGCUGGAUGAUUCUGCAGCCCAACCUAGGCAGAGCCAUGGUGCCAAGCUGGAGCUGGACGGGCUCGAGGCCACCAGGGAGCCUGGGAGGCGGGCACUGCUUCAUGCUGAUGGUGAUUCGGGCCUCCUGGGAAACAUCUCCAUGCCCUCUGGUACCAGCCACAUCACCUUCUUUGGGCUGGUGCCCGGGGCCCGCUACCAGGUGGACAUUGCUUCAUCUCUGGGCACCAUCACCCAGAGCCUCAUGGGCCGCACACGCCCGCUGGCACCACAGUCCCUGGAGGUCACCAGUAGGGCCAGCCUGUCUGAGCUGACCAUGGGCUGGGCCCCAGCACCAGGGGAACAGGAAGGCUGCGUAGUCGCCUGGCACCAGGAAGGCAGCCAGAGGGGUCCGGGCAGCCGUGUGGACUUGGGCCCAGACGAUUCCAGCGUGGCUCUGAGGGACCUGGUACCCGGCUCCUGCUACAGUGUGUCCGUGUGGGCCUGGGCAGGGAACCUCAGCUCCAGCACCCGGGGGACCCGCGCCUGCACUUCCCCUGCUCCACCCGCCAACUUGAGCCUGGGCUUUGCUGGCCAGCCCCCUGUGCUGAGGGCUCCCUGGAGUCUCCCCCCGGGCGGCAGGGGUGGUUUCUGGCUGAGGCUUUAUAGCCUGAAGCCCCUGGCUCUGGGCAGUGAGGAGACCCUGGGCGCAGAGACCCAGGACUUCUCCUGGGCCCAGCUGCCCAGGGGCUCUGAGUUCCUGGUGCGGCUGGCUGCCCUGCGGGGACUGGAGGAGAGCAGCAGCGCCAGCGGCACAGGCUGGACACCCCCCCUCGCCCCGCCUCUGGUGAAUGUGACCAGUGAAGGCCCCACCCAGCUCCAGGCGUCCUGGAUCCAUGCUUCUGGGGGCCAGGAGACCUACCAAGUGACCCUGUCCCAGGCAGGUACCUGGGUGGCCAUGGGCACUGUGGGAGCAGAGGUGAACAGCACAAGCUUUCCCACGCUGACUCCGGGCACUCAGUACGAGGUGGAAGUUGGCUUGGGGGCCGGGCCCCUUCGAACCCCAGCGGCCAAUGUUUCUGGCUGGACCUUGCCCUGCAUGCCCCACGAGGUGCUGGUGUCCAUGCAGGCGAGCAGCCCUGUGGUCAGCCUGGCCUGGGCCAGCAGCCCCUUCGGGCAGGGUGUGUUCCACGCUCGGCUCUCAGAGUCCGGGCAGCUAUCCUGGGAGCAGCGGCUGGAGCUGGGCCAAGCCCGCCUCAUGCUGAGGGGCCUCCCGCUGGGUCGCAGUCUCUCCCUGUCGGUGUCGUGCCAGGCAGGGCCACUCCAGGCCUCUGCCCACCCCGUGGCACUGCCUGUCGAGCCUGGCCCCGUGGAGGAUGUGCAGUGCCAGCCUGAUGCCACCCACCUGGCCUUGAACUGGACAAAGCCUGCAGGGGACGUGGCUGCCUGUCUGGUGGUGGUGGAGCAGCUGGCAGCAGGAGGGAAUGCUCACCUCGUGUUCCAGGCCAACACCUCUGAGGAUGCUCUCACAUUGUCCCUGGCACCUGCCACCUCCUACCGCCUCAGCCUCACUGUGCUGGGCAGGAAUGGUCCAUGGAGCCGGGCAGUCAGCCUGCUAUGUGCCACUUCUGCAGAAGCUUGGCACCCCCCAGAGUUGGCUGCAGCCCCCCAGCUGGAGGAGCCUGAGAUGGGGCUGGGGGUGAUGAUCACACGGGGCAUGUUUGGCAAGGAUGACGGUCUGAUCCAGUGGUAUGGGGUCAUGGCCACCACCAACAUGUCAUUGGCUCGGCCUUCCCGGGAAGCCCUCAGCCACACAUGGUAUGACCACUACUAUGGAGGACACGAUUCCUACCUGGCCGUCCUGCUCCCCAACCCCUUCUACCCGGGGCCCUGCAUGGUACCAAGAUCCUGGACGGUGCCCGUGGGUACGGAGGACUGUGGCCACACACAGGAGAUAUGUAACGGGCAGCUCAAACCUGGCUCCCAGUACAGGUUCAGUGUGGCCGCCUUUUCCAGGCUCAGCCCGCCUGAGACUGUCAUCUCCUUCUCAGCCUUCUCAGAGCCCAGGGCCAGUAUCCCCCUUGCAGCGGUGCCCCUGCCGGCUGUGGUGGGCGUCAUGGUGGGCUGUGCUCUCACCGUCUGUCCCGUGCUGGGCCUGCUCGGUUGCAGGGCGGGGAAGGACAGCUCUUCCCACCAGCUGACGCCUCACGGCCUUCGGUGGACCCACCAGCCCAUCCCCAUGCACAGCUUCUAGCAGAGCUUCGAGAACAAGAGUGCACAUGCGCACCAGGCUUUCUUUCAAGAGUUUGAGGAACUGAAGGAGGAGGGCAGGGAGCAGCCCAGAUUGGAAGCCGAACACCCUGCCAAUAUCACCAAAAACUGUUACCCACAUGUGCUGCCCUAUGACCACUCCAGGGUCGGGCUGGCCCAGCUGGAGGGAAAGCCCCAUUCCGACUACAUCAAUGCCAACUUCAUCCCAGGCUACACUCACCCUCAAAAGCACAUUGCCACCCAGGGGCCUCUGGAAGACUUCUGGCGGCUGGUGUGGGAGCAGCAGAUCCACACCAUCGUCCUUUUGACCGUGGGCGUGGAGAGGGGGAGGGUGCUGUGUGAGCAUUACUGGCCAGCCCACUCCACCCCCAUCAUCCUCGGUCGCAUGGCCAUCCACCUCCUGGCGGAGGAGCCCGGGGACGAGUGGACCAAGAGGGAGUUCCAGCUGCAGCACCACAAACAGCGGAGGGUAAAGCAGCUGCAGUUCACCACCUGGCCAGACCACAGCGUCCCCGAGGCCCCCGGCCCCCUGCUUGCCUUUGUGGAGCUGGUACGGGAGCAGGCGAGGGCCACGCAGGGCACUGGGCCCAUCCUGGUGCACUGCAGCGUGGGUGUUGGCCGGACAGGCACCUUUGUGGCCCUUUUGAGGCUGCUGCAGCAGCUGGAGGAGGAGCAGGUGGUGGAUGUGUUCAACACGGUGUACACGCUCCAGCUGCACUGGCCCCUCAUGAUCCAGACCCCGGUGAGGUAUAUCUUCCUGCACAGCUGCAUCCUGGGCAGAAUUCUGCAAGGGCCCUGUGGCACCUCUGAGACUGGACCCAUCUCUGUGGCGAACUUCGCACAGGCGCGUGUCAAGAGGGCGGCCAAUGCCAGUGGCUUCCUGAAGGAGUAUGAGCUCCUGCUGCAGGCUAUCAAGAACAAGGCUGGCUCUUCAACGCCCCCUCCUGGCUAUGAGCAGGACAGCACUGGCUCCGUGCUCGCUCUCAGCUCCAGCCUUCUCCCAUGGGAGAGAGCUCCGCUGAUGAUGUCCCGGAAGCCUGGCUCUUUCCUGAGCCCCAGGAUGGGCGGGGGACACCUCAGUGCCUGGGGGCCAAUGAGCUGUGCUCUGCAGGGGGGACCUUUGGGCCAUGACCAGGUGGUGCUGACCGGGCCUGUGGGGCCGGAGGAGCUCUGGGAGCUGGUGUGGGAGCACAGGGCCCAUGUGCUGGUUUCCUUGAGCCCACCUGACACCCAGGAGAAGCCGCAGGUGUUCUAACCAACAGAGAUGCAGCUCGUCAUCCCAGGCACAGUGACAGCACACUGGGUGGUGGACAGCAGCACUGCCAGCUGGCUCUGUACUCUCUUCAGGGUCACACAUGGAGAGAGUGGGACAGAGAGGCUGGUACAGCGGCUGCAGUUCCCAUGCCAGGAGCCCAGGCACAAGCUGCCUGCUACCUCCCUGCUGCCUUUCUUGGCUGCCGUGGGCCAGUGCUGCUUCCGAGGCAGGAGCAAGAAGCCUGGUACACUACUCAGCUACCUCAGGGGUGCAGCCCAGCUGGGCACCUUCCUGGCCAUGGAGCAGCUGCUGCAGCAGGCAGGGGCCGAGCAGACUGUGGAUGUCUUUAAAGCAGCCCUGCAGCAGUCACAGGCCUGUGCCCUCAUGACCUCCACUCUGGUGAGAGGAGCAGUAUAUCUACCUCUACGACUGAACAGCGCACUGGUGGAUGGGCUGCCCUGAGUCCGGAAGCAGCCUGCGCCCUGCCAGGCCUGCCCCAGCAAGUCCCCGGGGCCUGGCUUCCCGGAGGGCACCGUGAUGUGAAGAGCCAGAGGCGGGAAAUAAAGAUGUGGUCAGGGCUAAGCUGA